AGUCGAGAUAACUAUACAACAGCCCCUGAAGUGGGAUUCCCCGAAGCGCGCGCAGUCGCAUCAGUCGCCGCAGGGUCGCGGAUCCAGAAGGAGCGAAUAUAGUUACUCUUGAUUCCCCCCGUCACGCCGUGAUACCAUGACGAAGAUGAUGAGCCUUUUCCCGUGCGUGACUUUGGUGUUGACCUCGCUGGUCAUGUGCUCGGACUCGGCGUCGAUUCUCUUUGUGCUGCCCGUGAGCACCCGGAGCCACAAGAACGUGUUUGCCCCGCUGGCCCAGGCACUCGCAGCCAGGGGCCACGCCGUCACCAUGUUCAGCUCGCACUUGUCCAAGCACGGACUGGACGGGGUGCGGGAGUUCGCCGUGCCCGGGAUGAUGGACAGAAUGGAAGUGGGCUCGAAAAUCCUCUGGAGCCAGAUGGGACAGACGGGUGUCGUCAACAACCUCUUCACUCUGUUCUUCCUGGGCAAGCUGGGUUCCGAGGCUUGUGACAAGAUGCUGUCCAUGCCGGAAGUGCAAGCCGCUUUGCGCGGGCAAGUCAGGUACGACCUGGUCGUCCAAAGCGUGUUCUUCGAGGAGUCCUGCCUGGCCCUGGCCGGCAAGUCCGACACCCCGUUCAUCUACAUGAGCACGGCGGGCAACUGGGCCCACUUGGCCCACGCCAUGGGCCACGCCGAGCUCACGAGUGCGGAGCCCAGCAUCCUCCUCACCUUCACCGACCACAUGACGUUCUGGGAACGCGUCGUCAACACGGUGCAGUACCACGCCGGGAAUGCCGUGCACCACCUGCUGACCCUGCCCAUGCACGAACGGGUGCUGCACAAGCACUGGCCGGACGCACCCCCGGUCCGAGACCUGCACGCCAACGCGUCCAUGGCCUUCUUGAACACGGCCCCGGGCGUCGACUACCGCAACACGCUGCCGGCCACUUUCCUCGAGGUCGGCGGGAUGCACUGCCAGGCGCCGAAGGACAUCCCCAAGCAUAAUCACUUGCCUUCCCAUUGUCAACGCAUUCCCAAUGCAAUCACCAACGCAAAUGCAAAUGGCACCCGUUGUCAACGCAUUCAGAAGGGAUUCUGCAAUGCCACUGAAAACGGCCUCUCCCAAAUUUUCUAA